AUGACCUCAAAUCUAGACAGCCUUACGGAGUGCAGCCACUUGAUAAUCGUCUGCUGCCAUGCAAUUUAUAUAGGAGGGCCUAAACUUGGAGGUUCUGAACAAGAAUGGUUGAUUGAGCCCUUUCAGCGUAGGGAAACGCUCACGUUCAUCAACCAUAUCAAAGCCGGAUUAAGACUUAUAGCAGAUGACCACAAUGGAAUUCUCGUAUUCUCAGGAGGGCCUACUAAGAAGCCAAGGACUGAGCUCACCGAAGGCCAAUCUUACCUCAGUCUAGCCAAAGACAACAACUAUUUCCAAGACAGCUCUGAAAUUCCGACAAUUGACCCAUUACGAGUCAUCGCCGAGACCCACGCGACAGACUCAUAUCAGAAUGUUCUGUUUUCUAUAAUACGCUUCCGGGAAUAUACAGGUGUCUAUCCACGACGGGUCACCGUCUUCAAGCGUGCACGAUUCAUGCAGUGUCACUUCCCCGCCUUGGGACUUGUACCCGACAGCUAUGAAUCAGGACAGGGACCCGAUACGCAGAAAGUCGCAGUUAUUGGAAUCAAUCCCCCAGAGGAGGUGACUCCCUCCGAAACACUGAUUCGAGGAGAGGCAAUGAACGGGAUUGGGCUCUGGAGACAAGAUCUUUACGGUGUCAAUACUGGUCUCGUCGACAAGCGAAUAAAACGGGGUUGGUCCCCUGGGAUGGAGAAUGUAUUGUUCUCCAACUUGGGCUUGGAGGAUGUGGUAUUGGAUCUGAUUCGAUAUGAUGGUGGUAAUCAUUGCAAUGAAUGGUUCUCGGGUAGAGAGAGCUUGCCAUGGUCUUACGCAGGCGCUCCUCUGGAUUGA